AUGGCCUCCAAACUCCCAGCCUUUGCGCUGUUUCCCCUCGCCGCAUGGAGAGACCAACUCCUCCCCAAUGAAUGGGUCGCUUGCUUAGACGCCUGGCUCGCACUCAUCGACAGCCACAUCUCGCUUCCCGAUCCAGACUUCCGCGAUAUCUCGGCCAAAGAUGAGAGUCUCACCACAUUCCUCACCUCCUUCAUCCGUCAAACUGCUCUCGACAGCACAACUAUCCUCGGUCCAUCCCAAUCAGCAAAGCGCCUACUCAAGGAUGCCUUCCUCUUAACCUCACGACUUCUCCGCUCCCCAUCGCCACCAGUUCCCCUGACACAAUGGGAAUUUCUUUCCGACCUCUGUCGUGUAUACGGCAAGAAGCGAUCAUCUGAGCUCUUAUCAACACUUUCAGACCCCGCGCAAAAGUCACUAGACGCCUCACUAUCCGCCCUAAAGAAGUUCCUCAUCAAGAAUCUAGACCUCGGCCUCCAACAAGGCGGCGAUCUCAAGGGUGUGGAACAGCGGCUGGAUCGAGUAAACGACCUCAUUGGCUCUUCUCCGCAAGUAGCCGGCUUCUUCCUGGCAGGUAGCGACUUCCUCGAUGGGCUGGUGUCUUGCUACAAGAUCAUGAACCCACCUCUACGCAAGGUGAUCAUUGCCACUACGUACCUCUGCGUGGUUGGGUUAGCGGACGGUAGCCAGGAUCAGAGACUAUCUGCCCUGACGGAUCAAUUGUAUUCUCUCAAAGCGGCGGCGGAUGCGCACAAGGCCGGACCAACGAACGUCAACGAUUCCUUGGUGGCGGAGUUGGUGACUUCUACACCAUUGCUGCAACAACUUCAGCGGAAGCUGGAUAGCGUCGGGUCAGGAAACACCCGAACGAAAUCCGUCUUGAAGGAAUUGGCGACGUUCAAAAAACCCGGCGGUGGCAUCCCACGCCCCAAAAGACUCGUCAACCAUCAACGAAAGGGCAUAGACAAAGGCAAGGGUAAAGAUCUCUCCUCGUUCGAGGACACGCAGCAGAAACAAGAGAUCCAUAUCCACCGCAUGUCCCAGAUCUCUCAAAUCCAAGAUCUCUUCCCCGACCUCGGCUCAGGUUUCAUCUCCAAGCUCCUCGACCACUACUCUUCCGACACCGAGCAAGUGGUCGCCUGUCUCCUCGAGGACUCACUCCCACCACAUCUCCAAUCAGCCGACCGAUCCGCUACCCUUUCGCCCCCAUCUCCCACCCAACCCAAACCCAAACCGCAUAUCCGAUCACCAAGAUCCACUCCACCCUUGCCCCCAACUAUCAACGACGACGACGACGACUUCCUUCUCUCCGUCCCUGCCUCCCAACUCCAACUCGGCAAACGCACCGACACCUCCGCCGACAAGCUGCUCUCCGCGCCCCCAACCACCACCAACCCCUCCUACAAAUCGCGCAUCUUGUCGGCUCUCGCCGCCUUCGACUCGGACGACGACGAGCGCGACGACACCUACGACGCAGCAGACGUGGGCGGCACAGUGGACGCGGCAACGGUGGCCGCGGGCGUGGAAGACAUUCGUUUACAAGACGCGCCCAGUGCCACGCAAAGCACAGCAGGCGGGUUAUCAGAAGCGACAGAAGCGGUCCUUUACGAAGCGUGGAAGACGCGGCCUGCGGUGUUUGGCCGCGAUGCGGAGACCAGACGCGGGAGAGAAAGGAAAGAACUAAAAGACAAGACGGGAUUAAGCGAUGAGAUGGUGGAAGGGUUCGGGGUGAUGAUUAAUCGUGAUCAGGGCAUGAAGAGGAGGUUAGACAGGAAAUUUGGGGAUGGUGGGGCGGCGUUUAGUGGACAGCAGAGUGAGGUGCAAAGUACCAGGUGGCGAGACCGGGGAGGUGAUGACGGUAAUACCGAUACUGACACGGAUGGUGGUGGUGGUUCUGGAAGGGGAGGAUAUGGUGGGCCACGAGGUGGAGGUGGAGGUGGAGGUGGAAGAGGUGGUGGAAGGGGGAGAGGCAGAGGAGGCAGGGGAGGUGGUGGAAGAGGUGGUGGUGAAGCUGGAGGAUCUGGAUCUGGACCACAAGCACCGGAUUCGGAUCUGGCGAAACGUAGGAAGGAGGCGAGUAAGGGGAGUAGAGCGAAUCAUAAUCGGAGGGAUCAGAGGGCUAAAAAGAUGGCUAGGGGUGGGUUUGGAGGAGCGUAG